AUGGCGACCCAACCCUCCAAAGAGCUCGACGCCGCCGUCCUCGCAUACCUCGUCAAGAGGGGCUACACCAAAUCCGUCAAGUCGUUAGAGAAGGAAGCUGCUGUCAAGCUCGCCCCCGGCCAAGAGGCUGCCCUCGAGAAUGCCUGGGCCGCUGCUGCCGUUGCCGCUGUCGCUUCUACUUUAGCUGAGGCCGAUCCCGCGUCUGUGCCCUUGCCCGACUCCAGCUCUGACUCGGACAGCGAUUCUUCGGCCUCCUCCUCAUCGUCCUCCUCCGGCUCCAGCUCUUCAGGCUCUGAUUCCGACUCGGACUCGGACUCGGACUCGGAUUCCGAUUCCGAGUCCUCUUCCAGCAGCUCCACUGUCGGCAAGAAGCCCGCUGCUGCGUUUUUGGACGUUGAGGCUGAAGAAAGUGACGACGAAAGCAGCAGCAGCGAUGAGAGUGGAAGCGAAAGCGACUCGAGUUCUUCUUCUUCGUCUAGCUCUUCAUCUUCUUCGAGCUCCUCUUCGUCUGGGUCUUCUUCUAGCUCAUCCUCUUCUGGUUCCAGCUCCGACUCUAGCUCCAGCUCCAGCUCUAGCUCCUCGUCGUCAUCUUCCUCCGACUCCGAGUCUGAAGAAGAGGAAGUCGCUCGUCCCGUCAUCGGCAAGCGCAAGGCGCGCUCCCCCUCAACCUCUUCCUCUUCUUCCUCUUCCUCCUCUUCGUCAUCAUCUACCAUGGCCGAAGACCCCGCCCCCAAAUCUCCCGUUGUGACCGUAGUCACCACCAAGAAGCGCAAGCUCGAAGAUGGCGUUGAAACUGUCACUUCCACUGCCACCAUCUCUACCCCUGCUCCUGCCGCUUCAUCCCGUGACUCCAGCACCCCCUUCAGCGGAGCUGGCACUCCUCUGAGUGCCAAGGGCAAGGGCAAGCAGCCUCGCGUCCAAGGACAGAGAUUUGAGAGGAUCAAGCCUGAGAAUGUCACCUUUCACGACCAGGCGUUGAUGGACAAUUCUUUCGACGCUAGGGAGAGAGCGGGGGCUAGCUCAAACGAUUAUGGAGCAAAGGCGUCUGCGGACCUUAUCGUGACUAGGGGUGCUGGGUUCAGGAAGGAGAAGAACAAGAAGAAGCGAGGAAGCUACGUCGGUGGUGAAAUCACUCUUCAAACCCACAGCAUCAAGUUUGAUGACUAG